AUGGCAUCCCUUCAUCGACCAACUGCUUCUUCUUCAUCCCCCAACACUCGCGUUCGACGGCUAUGGCAGACAUUCGAGCUAUCUGUUGCAAAAAGUCGUACCACCAUGGAGCACAAGGUCAAGGCGGUAGUCGCCAAAGCCGACGCAGAAUACAACAAGGCAUCCCCGCACCACCGAAUACCGCCCGCGGAGCACAAGGCACUGAAGGCAAAAUUCGUCAAGGAGAUCCAAGAGCCAUACUUUGAGAAAGUCAGGUCCGAGUGGCAUUCUAAGCUGCAUGCCGCUGGGCUUCAGGUUGAAGAUUGGACCGACAUUACAGAUGACGAGAUGGUGGCGGUGUCGCGGGUUCUGGGAGACUUGGAGGAUGAGAGUGAUGAAGAUUUGGUCGUCGUCCAGGCCCCCGCUCCUGUCACAGCAGCAGCGCCUAUUCCACAACAAUAUUCCGCACCAUCCCUCUACCCCACCGCACCUUCCAUCUCAGCUUCAAUGAGGUCCACCAACGUUUCAGUGGCGUCGAGUUAUGCCUUUGUGAACCCGAGCGAGUUCCAUUCCGAAGACGAGGAUAUUAUGUUCAUGCCGCCCAAGGCGGCCUCGUACGAGCUACCCUCGGACGACGACGACGAUCACAUCGGGAUACCUAUCCCUCGUCGGCACAACGGCUUCGAUGCUUGGAGUAGCGAUUCCCAUCCUUCUUCUCUCCAAAAUUCCGUGGACAGCUCCGACUUCGCAUUCUCCAGACCACCUGUCGCUCAAUCCUCCCGUAAUGCCUCCUCGAGUCGCAUGACCUCGCAUAGGCAGCAACUCGAGGCGCAAGCUGAGAAAGGGAAGACAUCAGGUGGCAAGUCCAAGCACGCACGACAGUCUUAUAUCGGUCCACAUGUGGAUGACCCGGAGGACCCUUUGUCGGAGGAGGAAGACUUCGAGCGAUUCAAAAUGGAGAUUUGUGCCCAAAAGAUUAUUGAAUUCCACCAGGCGGCUGCCCUGGCUGACAUCGAAUUGGCGGUCGAGAUCUACAAGGGUCGGAAAGCUGCAGGCGGCAAGAAGCACGAGGCGUCGCCGCUUGUUGUCGAGCAUCAGAAGCGAAUGGUGCAGGUGCAGAUGGAGAAGGAGGAGGAACGGAAGGCGAUUGUGAACACUGAACGUUCCAGGCGCAGGUCGGAACCCCGCCGACGACCAGGACGUUCAUCGACCCUCGUCGCACCGAUCCCAAGUGCGCCGGCCACUCCUAGUUGGCUACAUGCUUUCCAGGAGCAAGUUCCUAACCGUCUUGAAUUCGAAUUUGAUUUGGACCGUGUUUUGUCGGAUGACCCAAACGAGCGCCACGGCAAUAUAGACCAGCUUCUGGAGCAGAUGUUCCCAGGAUCUUCGUCUACAGACAGUGCUCCAUCUCACCCUCCCGAACGGCAUGCCCUCUACCAGCCCUUCAUCCCAGACCCGCCUCAACCUUUGGAAAGGAGCACGAUAUCUACCUCAAGCCAAGCGUCUUUCUCCUCGGCGAGCCAAGCGAGCCUGUCCCAUGGCCAGCGCCAAUCGACCGUGAAGAAACCGCAUCGAAAGGUCAAACCUUCGCUAUUUGGCGACGACGAUAGUGAUGACGAACAUAGCAGUCCGCCUGGUGCAGAACAACCAAUUAACCCUUUCGUGAACGAUGAGGCUGACGCCUUCUUGACCAACCACUUAAUGCAGCGACCAGACAUCGCUUCCGCCUUUACGGAGUGGCCUGGAGCAGGAGGAAUGUCGGCGGGUGCCUCGAAUGGUUCAGCACUGAGUCUUCCUUGGGCAACAAAGCCACCAACCGAGUCAGACCCUACCCCUAACCCUUGGUCGUCGAAGGAUGUCCGCGCUACUCCCGUCGCCAGCGGGUGGACGAAGAGGAAGCCUUCCAUCUCCACCCCUCAGCCUCCGCGAUUUUCCUUCAACAAUCCCUUCGGGACACCCGAACAACCAGGAGCGCCAUCCUUGUCCGCCACGGCCGCGUUUAGCUCAUCGAAUGCCAAAGGAAAGAAACCUGCUGCCGUUCCGACAGAGACUCCACGAGUUGCUGAAGAGCCUGCGAACAAGCAGUCUCCCUCAGUCUCUAUCCCAGAGCCAUCUGGCAGGGGUCUUGCUACCUCCGCGCCGCCCAGCGUUCUUCCCAAGGUCGAGAAGCCAGCUACAGUUGCUCCUCCGGCAUCUGCUGGCAAGAAGUUGAACAAGAAGCAGCGUCAGGCGAACAAGAAGAAUGCGACCGCUGCUUCAAGUGUUGAGGCUGCUGAAGCUGAGCCUGUGUCCACACCUGCACCUCCUGUCCCGCCUGUUACUACCAACCCAGCUUCGCCAAAUGCACCAGCUCAAGGCCCGCAGCAGCGCACGUCGACUCUGCCGGAGUCCGCACCUCAGUCGUCGGAGACUAUGUUCUCGAUGUCAAAAGUGAUUCCUGGCAUGGCUCGUGUCCGAAGGGAUUCGAAUCUGGCGAACCCUCUUGCUGCCAGCGGCGGAUGGGACGACGCUGUCUCGACUCCUCGAGCAGCUUCCAAGAUCCCUUCUUAUCUCCUGGAGUCGACGCCGUCUGUCAAGCCUGAAGCAACCCCUCGCCCGAAUCUCUUCAAGAUGUCCACAAACCGUCUUGAUCAAAUGGGACAAAAUUCGACAAUCAAAGGUUCGCAAUGGGGAGCAGCUGCGACCGGAGCUCCUAGUCGUUCUGUUUGGGGCAUUUUCGCGUCCGAUGGGUCUGCCGCUCAGCAAGCACCUGUACAACCCGCUGGGACAUCGCGUUCUGUCAGUCGUGAUCCUUGGGUGCCUGGAGGGUUCGACGUCGAUGAUGGGGGCGGUGGCGACGGUGGUCGAGAAGAGGCGGAGCAGGAGACUGCUAUGCAGCAGUUCUGGACCCCGCCUACUGAGUCUUCUCAAAUAGGCAAGGCUGCUUCAGUCCCAGUUCAGCAGCGCCAGCAGGCCCUGCCUGCCCAUCGUUUUCAGCGUAUGAACCAAUUGUCGGCAUUGUCGGCCACGCCUCAGGUUGUCAACCCAAAGGCGACCAUUCCUAUGGUCCAAGCAACGGCUGCUCCGGCGAGUGCAAAGAAGGCCAAAGGCAAGAAGAAUGCGAAGGGCAAGAAGACGACGAUCGAGGAGGUUCAGGACGACGAAGAUCAGGACAUGAAGGGCGAAAGUUUGCCGGUAGAUUCGAGAUUUAUCAUGGAGCCAAAAAUCCUCGAACCCAAACCCAGUGUACCCCCAACCAUGUUUGACUCGAUUAUCAGCUACACAGACGCGGAGGAUGAAUCCGUGGCGUCGUCUUCUUCAUUCGGCCCAAUAUCUUCGACCGCGGCGAGUUCGCCACCUGACAUUUUCGAGAACGAGGCUCGCAUGGCGGCCGCAAUCAAGGAGCUCCAGGAAGGGACAAUGAAAGGGGAACAGAAGUGGAACUCAGGCGGAAUCCAGCAGCAGCAGAGUCACAGCGCUAGCGACAUGGACACGUCGACCGCGACGUCGUUCUCUCUGAAUGCGUUCGCAGGUCGGUCGUCUGCUCGACCAGCUAUGGAGUCUGUUCGGCCGGCCAUGCAACAGACGUCCAUUUGGGGUCAGUUCAGUGUCAAAGACAAGGGAAAGGCUAGAACGACGGACCUCGGAGGCGAGGAGUUCCCGAAGGUUGCCAACUCCACAAUCCAAAAUCUAAAACGAAACAAAGCUGCUGGCGGAAAACUGUUUUGA